AUGGUUUAUGUUCUCAGGGACACUACUGGAAGAUUUGUGAACAUGGAUCCAACCAUCUCAUCGCACAACACAGAAUCUACACCAACAAAUGAAACUGAGAAUCAAGAUUGUAGUCCAAUCCUGACCCUGAACUUCCUGGCCCUCAUUAUUGCCCUGGUUGGACUGGCAGGAAACACCAUUGUACUAUGGCUCCUGGGAUUCCACAUGCACAAAAAAGCCAUCUCAGUCUACAUCUUCAACCUGGCUCUUGCAGACUCCUUCUUCCUUUGCUGUCACUUUAUUGACUCGAUCCUACGGGUCAUUGAUUUCUAUGGCUUCUAUGCCCAUACAUUAAGCAAAUCAGUCUUAGGUAAUGCAGCAAUCAUUCCCUAUAUCUCAGGCCUGAGCAUACUCAGUGCUAUUAGCACAGAGCGCUGCCUGUCUGUAUUGUGGCCCAUAUGGUAUCACUGCCACCGCCCAGAAAACAUGUCAGCUAUCAUAUGUGCCCUAAUCUGGGCCCUGUCCUUUCUGAUGGGCAUCCUUGAAUGGUACUUUUCAGGAAUCCUGAAUGACUUUCAUCAGCAUUUGUGGAAAAAUGUUGAUUUUGUUGUAACUGCAUUUCUGAUCUUACUAUUUAUGCUUCUCUUCGGGUCCAGUGUGGCCCUACUGGUCAGGAUCCUCUGUGGUUCCAGACAGAACCCAUUGACCAGGCUGUAUGUUACCAUGGCACUCACAGUGAUCGUCUUCCUCAUCUGUGGCCUGCCUCUUGGACUUUACCUGUUCCUGUUAUACUGGCUUAAAGUUCCUUUCUGUCAUCUUUACAGAAUUACUUCUGUCCUGUCCUGUGUGAACAGCUGUGCCAACCCCAUUAUUUACUUCUUUGUAGGCUCCUUUAGGCAAAAUAGGCAUCAUCGGUCCCUCAAAAGGGUUCUUCAGAGGGCUCUGGAGGACACGCCCGAGGAGGAUGAAUGUACAGCCAGCAAUCUUCAGAAAACCAUUGAGAUGUCAGAAAGUAGAGAAUGGUGA